AUGGCUUCCAACACUCCUGCACCGCGCUUUGCGGAGGGUGAAGACCCACAGCAAUUGACUUCCGACACGAUCACACUCCAGCAACAAGGCUGGGCACUGGAUUCUGAGGGGAUGGGAGUUACCAAGACCUUCCACUUUAAGAGCUAUUUCAAAGCCGUGGCAUUUCUCAAUAUGAUUGCGGCCGAGAGCUCGGUCAAGAAGCAUCAUCCCACUAUGACAAUUCGGUUCGGUUCCGUCGAUGUCCACUGGACCACGCAUCACCCGCGCGGCCUCACCCACAAGGACAUUGCUUUGGCUCAACACUGUGAUGCUGGAGCUGGAGUCAUCGGGGCUGUUGAGCCUGGUCAGGGACUGAAAUGCGGACCAGAGAAGUGA